AUCUCCACCAAUCAGCAGUCGCGGCUCUCAAUUCGAACGUUAACCUUCCGAAGACGCAGUUCAAAAUAUGGAUUCUGUUGCUGCUUUGUUUCCCUAAUGUAGUAAAGUAUUUCGUUUAAGAGGAGAAAGGAAACUAAUAAUACUCGUGAAUUAUAUACUCUGAUCCUGAGUCACGAUGAGAGAGAAAGAAAGAGCCCAGAAGAAGUCCUUCCAACAGAGUUUGGAGGAAAUCAAGGAGAAAAUGAAGGAGAAGAGGAACAAACGGCUGGCUAAUGCUGCAGCUCCAAGAAGGGGGCGGUCAAGAAUGAUAAAUAAAAUAGCAGCGCCCAGUUCUGCCAGCACCAUUCUAAAAAGUGUGCAGCAGAACAAUAAGGCGCUGGCUGAGGCCCUACAAGCUGAGAAGGAGAAAGUGAGGCAGGCCAAUGCGGUGAUCCUGCAACUGAAAAGAGAACAACAAGCUUUGUUCAUUCACCUCCUUCUGCUGAAGAGGAAACUCAAAGAACAGGAAGUGCUGGCAGCAAGUGCUUCACAGACGAAACAAACAGGGAUCCAAUUGGAAACUCAAAACAACCAGAUUUUAACAAGGAGGAAGAGAAGCAGCCAGCAGCUCGAUCCACUCAUCAUGUGUGAUGCUUCACCAAUUUGUUCAGAUUCCCCGCCUUCUAAAAGGAAAGAGCACAUUAACUGUGACAAGGAGAUCACGCUGCCGUCCACGGUGGGCGUGAGGCGUGGGCGGGUCAAUAGAAGAAGCAGGAGGCGAUCUGAGCUUGUGCAGGAACAAAGGCCGCAGAGCAACACUGACCCAGUUGCUGAUUUCGGAGCUGUGUUACCAAGCCCUAUUCGCGUCGACAGUGGAGAUCUGAACCAGAGCCACCGAAGGCCAGAACCUGAGGCAGAAGAUGUUAGUGACACUGAUGAGGUGCAUCACUCUACCCCUGAGCCAGUCCGUCCUAAAAAAUCGCACCCACAGCCCAGGAGGAAACAAACCAAGCAACAGCCUCGCUCUAAACCAGAACCAGCUUCACGGAAACCUGAAAGAGGACGGAAACCCGAUCGGGUCCCGUUAAAGAAGCCCUGGGAGAAUCCCAAGCCCAGAGCCCGCUCCAAAAGUCGGGACCGCUCAGCCAAACGGUGCAAAGCAGCUCCUCCGCAGGGCAACAAGCUUAACACCUCGCUGGGAUUCAAUGACACGUUUGACUUUGACUGUGAAGAGACGGUUCACAUCACGCCGUUUAAGGCGAAAGUUGAGGAUAAUCAGGCAGCUACACCCAUUAAUGAAGAGACCCAAGCUGAAGUCUCUGCAGCUGUUCCCAAACAGAGCGAAUCCAGCUCCUCGUCACCGUCAACAGAAUCAGAGGACAGCCUGUACAUCCCUCAGAAGACAAGGGGAAGACGGUCCAGUUCUAAAACCAAAGCCUUGACCACUCGUAGAGGCCAGCGCACACAGGUUGUCAGGACAAAGGAGAACAUCCCUCCAACUCCAAAGAUCUAUGUCUUCAGGGAUGCAGAGUCAGACUUGAAGGUUACAGAUUCUGGAAAGGAGAAAGAUCUUAAUCAGCCGCCUGAUCAAGAAAAUCAACAGGAGCCUCAAAGGGAUGGAGCAGAAGACUGUUUCCCUGUCGUCAGUCCUCUGGUCGAGGCAGAGAUGAUGAGAAUAGACACUGUGCUGUCCAAUUAUGGAGAAGCCUCUAGUGAGAGUUCUUCUCUGUCAUCAAGUCAAACUCCAAGGGUUAAAACAAGCCAAAAACGUGGUGUUGGUGUAAGGUCAGCUGGGCGGGGCUUAAGUCUGUGUGAUAUGACCAAUAUGUCCCCUGCAGCCUAUCGUAAUUUCUCCUGUGGUCCACGCCGCUCUGAUGCUCCUGUCCUCGCUCGCAAACGGCGCUGCACCAUGGUCGUCGACUAUAAAGAACCAUCAUUGAAUGCUAAACUUCGCCGUGGCGACAAGUUCACAGACCUGCAGUUCCUCCGCUCCCCUGUUUUCAAACAGAAGCCUGGUAGGAGGUCUGUGCAAAAUUCAAGGAAGUCGUGCAGCAAGCAGCCAUUUGAGAAGUACAAUGAGUCUUUCGUUGGAUGUCACUGAAGACUGCUUUUUUUUUUUUUCUGUAUAGAUUUACUUCUUCAGAGGAUGUUUUUUUUUCAUCUCUGAAGGCUGCUUUUUAAAGUAACUUCAAUCAGUUUGUUUUCUCUUCAUAAAUUCCCUUUUUUGUGUUUUUC